GGUCAAGGACCUUCUUCCCCGGGCAUCCAGAGCCACGGAGCCUUUUCCCAUCUCCCAGCGAAACAGCCGCCCCGCAGCCCGGCAUCCCUCCCAGCCGGCCUUCUUUGCACGCCAGCCUGCCGGAGCUCCCAAAAACCAGGCUCCCGCCAGAAGGUGGUGCCCAUAUUCCACAAAACGCAGGGAAAGCUCUCGGUGAACCCCUCGAAACCCACACGCACAGCCCCGAAGGUGUCACCUGCAGUGGGGCGCUGUGUAUUUUCUCUUAAGGGUUUAUAUCUGAACGGGCUUUUUAAUGAACAAAGCCUUGCAAAUGUAAGUUGGAGUUUAAUAAACACAUAAUCUUGCCUGGAUGCUCACUGGCUAAUUAAAGAGCCUACAGCCCAGAGCUUUGAUGCUUGUCUUUGUGCAGAGCCACUCUGGAUGUGAAUUUCUACAUAACACUUUGAUGCUGCCCCAGUUUGCUUAUGGUGGUCUAUCAAAGGCAGGUGUGGGAUGAGGAGCAUGGCAGGGCUGUAUAUUUGCUGCAAUGUGUAGUAGCUCCAACUCAAAACAUCAGGAGGGGCGCAGGCACUGUAUUUUCUUGUCUCCUGCUGCCUGCUACCUCACUGGCAACUCACGUUGUUUCCCUCCACCAAACCAUGCAGCACUGGCCAGCAGGCAGGCACUGCUUGGUAACUCUUCAGGCAUCACGUCCCCUGUCCAACCUGUCACAUAUCAGGGUGAGAUGCUGCAGGGCAGCCGUGCCACAUCCACUUUGCCACCUCACAGCUCUGUGCCACAGCUCCAUGGAAGCACUGGGUCAUUUCCUGGUCCUCAUUCCCAAGAGAAGGCAACCACAGCAGGUACCCGCUGUGCCAGGUGGCAGCUACCACUGCUCCCAGCAUUGGUUCAGGCAGGUGUCCUCUCCAUGAAAUAUCCCAUCUUUGAAAAAGGAUAUCACCAAGGGGCUCUAACCUACAGCAGAAAGCUGCCAGAGCACAAGAGGUUUUCUAACACACGAACUUUGUGUUUUACAGUUCCCUGUUUUCACCACCCAAAGGAGAUGGAGCUCGGAGAAAUCGUAGUGGUUGGGAGCCCAGGUGAGAGGAAUUUGUACACAGAGCAGAAGCCACGAACCCAGGACCUGCUGGGGAAGAACGGAAAGCAAAUCCACCGAGUCUUCAAGUAUCUCACAGGAGAAAUGAAAGAAUACGGAGAGUGGAUGAAAAAUAAGCCCCUGAUGGUUCAGCUGGUGGACUGGAUCUUGCGAGGCACCUCCCAGGUGAUGUUUGUCAACAACCCCCUCAGCGGGCUGUUCAUCUUAGUGGGGCUUUUCAUCCAGAAGCCCUGGUGGUUGCUCACAGGCUGCACUGGAUCAGUUGUGUCAACGUUAACAGCGCUGGCCCUCAGCCAGGACAGAUCAGCCAUUGCAGCAGGGCAGCACGGCUAUAACGGGAUCUUGGUGGGACUGCUCGUGGCUGUCUACUCUGACAAAGGGGACUACUACUGGUGGCUUCUUCCUCCUGUGGCAGUUACUUCAAUGGCCUGUCCAGUCCUGACCAGUGCUUUGGGAUCCAUCUUCAGUAAAUGGGACCUUCCCAUUUUCACGCUGCCCUUCAAUAUUGCAGUGACUUUGUACUUGGCAGCCACAGGACACUACAACCUCUUCUUCCCUACAACCCUCAUCAAGCCUGUAGCACCAGUGCCCAAUAUUACCUGGACUGCAAUCAAUGUGCCUCUGCUCUUGCAAUCCAUCCCAGUCGGUGUUGGGCAAGUGUAUGGCUGUGAAAACCCCUGGACUGGAGGUAUCUUCCUUGUUGCUCUACUUAUCUCCUCCCCACUUAUUUUCUUGCAUGCUGCAAUCGGAUCUGCAGUGGGGAUGUUUGCAGCACUGAGCAUUGCAACACCCUUUGACAGCAUCUACCUUGGCUUACACAAUUACAACUGCGCGCUCGCAUGCAUUGCGAUUGGAGGCAUGUUCUACGCCCUGACCUGGCAGACUCACUUGCUGGCACUUGCUUGUGCAUUAUUCUGUGCCUACUGUGGAGCAGCUUUUACUAAUGCCCUAUCUGUGCUUGGACUGCCACUCUGUACCUGGCCUUUUUGCUUCUCUGCACUUCUCUUCUUGCUGAUAACUUCAGACAACCCAGCCCUCUACAGAAUUCCCCUCUGCAAAGUCACCUACCCAGAAGCCAACCGGAUCUACUACCUGAGAAUGAAGAGAAGAGCAUCAGAGAGCAGAAGAGAAGAGCAGAAACGAAAGGAGCAGAAACCUUCUGGCAGCUCAAAAAUAAGCACAGGAGGCACCCCCCUGUGUACCCCCAAAAACAGCCGUGCUUACUGAUUCCCAAUGUCCAAGAGCAAGCAGUAUUGGGUCAGUUUGUCACACGCUAGGCAAGCACUCUGCAGCUACAAACACCACUUUUGGCAGUGGUCUGCGAGCCAGGGAUCUGGCACUGCACGCUGGAGGAAACACGAUUUGCCCUUAAGCUAAGCUUUCCAAAAAGCACUCAGGUAACAAUAACAGCUGCCUUAUCAAUCCACACGUUGUUAACUUGAAAGCCACCUCUUAUCAACAAUAAUUAUAAGAAUAGGCAGAAGAACAUAAACACUGGCAAGAGGCUGUAUUUAAUCUUGGAUAUGUCAUUUAAAAAAAAUAAAUAUGCUGAGACGAGACAUGGCAUCUAAUAAUAAUAAUAAAUAAUGUAAAAUCAAGUGCUGCACUUUAAAUUAAGAACAUGUACAUUUGAAAGUGGAAUAAACAGA